AUGCAGUUCCUCCUCCUCAUCGCUGCAACUUUGAGUCUCGGUGCAGGAACUCUGGCUUCCCCUGCACCGGUUUCUAACAGUAUUGAGUCGCGGGCUUAUCAUUGGCAUGGUUGUGGCGCCGGUAUUGAGUGCCAUUCCGCCAGUGACUGUUGGGCGUCCGAAGAUUGCGUGCAGACUGCCCUUGGUAGCACCGCCAAUAUCCACUGUGGACAAGAUAGUUACCCCACGGCUUGCUGGGCGGAUUGGACCGAUUAG